AUUUGAUGGUUUGUUUCUCGUUUCUCGGAGCAACUUUUCCCAACUAACUAACUGAUCGUGGGGAGUCGGGAGAGAUGCCUUUGGGCUCUUCAGUGACAGGAUUGCUUUUCUCACAAUUCAGAUCUGGCAGCAGCCCACAACGAAACUUUUGAACACUCGAUCCAUCCAUCCAUCAGACAAGAUGACAAUCCCAACCUUCAUCUACGUACCCAUCAACUGUGCUUCUUGCCAAGAUGAAGACUUUGAAUGCCCUCAAGACAGCACAGUGGAAGUGAAGCGACCAAGCAUUUUGGAUGACACAACCCAAAACAGCCACUACUCCACUGCCUCUCGCUCCAGCCGAUGGUCCUCAGAAGCUGAAGCUGACAGCACCCUACCCAUGAUGCCCCAGCGAGCAACACUCAAGAAGUGCUCCAGCAGUAACUGCAUGCCCAGGCUUCCACAACGAAACAAGGAAUUCAUUGAUCGCCGCAAUGCCAGAAAGCCCAGCAGAUCCUUCAGCCGUUGAAUCUUCUUGUACAAGACACAAGCAAGACUGUACCAGGAGACCCUUGCCACGGGGAAAGUUAGAGGAAUCCACCUGGAGCUAGUUUGUCCACUACGAUCUGCUCCAGCAUAGCUACAUACAUACACCAUACACUGCACAGCAACUAUUUGCCAUAAACUGUACUAUAAUAG